GGAGGAUUCUCUCUCCUCCGCGCAGGCUGAUGAAGCGGAGAGGAGACAUGAGGCUGGGCUCUGACGACAAACAUGUGCUGGCAGCUUCCAGGGAUCUCACCUGUGGAUGUGUGUCUCACCUGUGGAUGUUUAGUCCCGGCAAUGCAGCAUUUAAGCCUGCUCCUGCUCCUCUUGUGUCUGCUGGCCAGCGGCCAAUGUCGGCCCAGAAGACGGCGGCUGCCGAGGUGGAGCUCGGCUGUGGAGGCGCAGAAACAUUCCACCUCCUUGUCAAAGAAGCCUCCAGAUGUGACCAAGUCCCGCAAAGUGAAGACAGAACAUCUGAUCAAAGUAGAUGACCACGACUUCACCAUGAGGCCAGCAUUUGGAGGUCCUGCCAUUCCAGUGGGUGUUGAUGUUCAGGUGGAGAGCUUGGACAGCAUCUCUGAAGUUGAUAUGGAUUUUACCAUGACUCUGUACCUGAGACAUUAUUGGAAAGAUGAGCGGCUGUCAUUUACGGGCAGUUCCAACAAGAGCAUGACAUUCGAUGGUCGCCUUGUGAAAAAGAUCUGGGUCCCAGACGUCUUCUUUGUCCACUCCAAGAGGUCCUUUAUCCACGACACCACCACGGACAACAUCAUGCUGCGCGUCUUUCCUGAUGGACAUGUCCUGUACAGUCUCAGAGUGACGGUGACAGCAGCUUGUAACAUGGACUUCAGCCGCUUCCCUCUGGACUCUCAGACUUGUUCACUGGAGUUAGAAAGCUACGCAUACACCGAUGAAGACCUGAUGCUAUACUGGAAAAGUGGUGACGAGUCACUGAGUACCGAUGAUCGCAUUUCCUUGUCACAGUUCCUCAUCCAGAAGUUCCACACCACAUCUCGCUUGGCCUUCUACAGCAGCACAGGCUGGUACAAUCGUCUGUACAUCAACUUCACCCUCAGACGCCACAUCUUCUUCUUCCUGCUGCAGACCUACUUCCCCGCCACGCUGAUGGUCAUGUUGUCCUGGGUCUCCUUCUGGAUCGACCGUCGGGCUGUGCCAGCCAGAGUUUCCUUGGGUAUCACCACGGUGCUGACCAUGUCCACCAUCAUCACGGGGGUCAACGCCUCCAUGCCUCGGGUGUCCUACAUCAAGGCCGUGGACAUUUACCUCUGGGUCAGCUUUGUCUUUGUCUUCUUAUCUGUCUUGGAAUACGCUGCUGUCAACUACCUGUCCACCGUCCAGGACCGCCGGGAACGCAAAAGGAGAGAGCGGGCACGAUCCCAGUCGCUGCCGUGCACGUGCGGGAUCUCCCAGACCAGAACCAUGGCCAUGCUGGACGGCACCUACAGCGAGGCGGACACCAACAGCCUGGCAGGAUACACGGAAGAGCCGCUGGAGGAGGAUGAGGAGGAGGUUGCAGAGAAGGUAGAACAUAUGGUGGUCCACCUGUCCGUCAGCAGUGAGUCCACAAGCACCAAGAAGAAGAAGAGUCUGCGUGCUCUGAACAUCAUACAGAACACGCACGCCAUAGAUAAAUAUUCACGUAUGAUUUUUCCUGGUUCCUAUAUUUUCUUCAACCUGAUCUACUGGUCCGUCUACUGCUGAUUAUUUUACGUCACAACGACUUUUCUACUUCACUCUCUGCAAGUUUUAGUGCAAGACUCACAACUCUCACUUCUUACUUUCAUGCAGCAACGUCAACGUCCAGGAAGAGAAGAAGAAGACUUUUGAUUUGACCAUGAAAGACUUCUUAUUAACAUUCUUGUCGUGGUGCUCCUCCAUUUUUAGAACCACAUUGAAGACAAUGGCAGAUAUCAAUUCCUGAAAAUAUAUAUACAGUAUGACUAAUGGUUGUUGAAUAAUUAUAUAUAUGACUGAUAGCUAUGUUUAUUGAAGAUAUUGUGACAAAUAGCUAUUAAUUAGAUGUGACUAAUAACUACUAAUUAUACACGACAAUAACUAUUAAUUAUACAUGACUAUAGGUGUUUGUUAAUUAUAUAUAUGACUAAUACCUUAUUUUUGUUAUUUAUGCGACUGAUAGUUAUUAAAUAUAUAUUUAUGAAUAUUAGCUAUGUAUUAAUAUAUGACAUAAUUAUUUAUUAUUAUAACUGAUACCUAUUGAUUGGAUAUACUGUAUUACUGCUACUUAUUAUACAUUUGACUGAUGACUAUUGAUUAUGUGCAGCUGAGAUAGGCUCCAGCGACCCCGAAAGGGACAAGCGGUAGAAAAUGGUUUGAUGGAUGGAACUACUGAUUAUUUAUUUUAGACAACUGUUAAUGAUCUGUAUGACUGAUGACUAUUAAUCAUAUUUAGAUGACAGCUGUUUAUUUAUUAUAUUCAACUGAUAACUAUAAUGUACUGUCUGACUGACAACUACUUUUUGAUUAUACAAUAAGAAGAUCUAUUAUAUAUGACUGAUAACAAUUAGUUACAUGACUGAUAGCUGAUUCUAUAUAUUAUUGAUAACUUCAUUAUUACUGUAUAUAUGUAUGACUGACAGCUAUUUAACAUGUUUAAAUAUGAUUGAUACCUGUUUAUUUAUAUAUAAUGUAUUACUAACAAUUGUAUGUAACGAUACUUAAAUAUCAUAAAUAUGAAUUUUAAUUAUACAUAUAAGAUUGCCAACUUUUAUAUAUAUAUAUAUAUAUAUAUAUAUAUAUAUAUGUAUAUAGUAGCUGAAAUAGGCCCCAGCGCCCCCCACGACCCCGCAGGGAAUAAGUGGUGGGAAAUGGAUGGAUGAAUAUAUAUAUAUAUAUAUAUAUAUAUGUCUUAAUUAGAUCAUCCAGAGAAUAGUGCUCGAUACCGUGGU